AUGGAUCCAUUUUCCUUAGCUGUAGGGCUCUCGGGUUUGGUGGCAUUGACAGCUCAGACAUUGAAGUUGACCCAGCAAUAUCUUCAUGGGGUGAAGCACGCCAGCGAGGCUGCCGAUGCACUUGGAGCUGAACUUCAGCUUCUCCACGACACCCUCUGCCGUCUUGAUGGAUUUCUCCGUAGCGACGGUGCCCAGAGGCAGUCGUUCGAUGAAGCCUCGGUGCUAGUAUCCAGCACAGGUGCCUGCAGGACUAAGCUGGAAGUACUGCAUAAGAAGUUAGAUGGUGCUGCAAAGAGUCGCUUGAACCGAGCCUUGUGGCCUCUGAACGAAAAGGAACACCGCCAGUCAGUGCAAGAGUUAAGGGCGGUUGCCCAAUGUAUCCACUUUGCCAUGACAAUCGAUGAGUGUGCGCUACUUUCAAAAACAUCCGAGGAUGUCAUUGAAGUCUUACGAAAGCACUUGGAGACUUUCCAAACCUUGACGGAUAUUAGCCAUAGCACAGCAUCGCUCGAGCUUUCGGUCAAAGGUAAUCUGCCACAAUUCGACGGUGGUUUUCCCCGAAGUGAAGACAUCGUCUCGGGCCCGUGCAUCUCUUCAACGCUUGUCUUUCGACUGUGGCUCGUUCAUACUGCGGCUGUUUAA